AUGAAUGUCUUAUGUAAGAUACUUGUUGCAUUAUUUUUUAACUUCUUAUUGUAUAUUGGCUCAAUAUAUUCAUUAGGAGACUUUAAAGAUCAUAUCACGGAUUUGCAACAAAAAGAUUUUGAAGAAAAAGUACUUAGAAAAAAUGAAAAUAUUACAUGGUUUAUAUACUUCUUUGCUCCUUGGUGUGGAUAUUGUCAACGGAUAUACCCUGAAGUUGUGAAAACAGCAGAAUAUUUCAUUCUAAAUAAUAAUAACAUACAAAUUGGAAAGGUUGAUUGUACUAUACAAACAGAAAUUUGCAAAAAAGAAAAAAUUCAAGCUUAUCCAACUUUUAAGUUAUUUUUAAAUGAAUCAUAUGUUAAGAAGUAUGAGAAACCAAAAAGAACUGUAAAAGAUUUCAUUAGAUUUAUAGAAAGUAGUAAAAAUCCUCAAUAUACACAUAUUACAUCACAACAGCAACUAGAUGAAAUUAAGGCUGAAAUAAGAAAUUUCCCAACUUUUGCUCUUCUAUUACAAAGUAAUGAUGAUAUUUCAAAAUACGAAGAAUUCCUCUUAACUUUAUCCAAUCAUAUUGGAAAUGAAAUCUCAAUAAUUACAGUGACAGAUCCAAAACUUGUAUCUAAUAUAAUUAAACUAAGUAUAUCAGAAAGUUGUGAUCCUCCAUGUAUAAUGGUUCUAGCUUCUAAUAAUGAAUCUCCAACAUUACCUUUUAAUCAUUCAAUGGAAUUUAUUAUUAAUUUUAUUAAUCAAUAUAAAUUCCCUAGUGUUUUCUUUCCACGUCAAGAUGAAUUUAUUGAUUCUUUACAUAGUGGAAAUCUAUUAGUUAUAAUGGGAAUAGAUGUUAAAUUAUUGGGUCAAAAUUAUCCUGAAUAUUUAAAAGAAUUUGAGAAACUUGCUGUUCAAAUUAGAAAAGAAAAUGUUCUUCCAGUCAAAUUUAGUAAUUCAGCACAUCCACGUGGUAUUAUUUUUCUAAUUGUUGAUUUUUUUACAUAUUCAUCCUUAUUUAGAGAAUUUGGAAUUAAUAAUCUAAAUUAUACUCAAGGUUAUAGUAUAGUUAUCUCAGAUGGACUUAAAUAUUAUUAUAAUCUACCUAAAGACAUUACUAUAAAACAUCUAUAUAAUACUAUUAAACUUAUACUUAAAGAAGAUCCUCAAAUAUCUAAGAAAAAGGCUUAUUCAAUUUUCAGUAUAAACUCUAUUAGAAGAUUUUUCUAUGAUCUUAAUGUUGCUAUAAGUAGUGUAUUUUACAAAUCAUGGUACCAUGCUAUAUUAGUAACUAUUGUUAUUUGUGUUAUAUUAUCUGGGUGUACAUUAUGUACUUGCUUAUUAUUAUUUGGAGAUAUUGCAGAAUCCUAUUUUCUUCAAGAUGAACAUAUACAAAAUAUUGAAUUACAAGACAAUAUGCCAGCGCCAAUAGAUGAAGAAAAGUCUGAGAAUGAAACUAAGAAAGAACGCUAA